UUACAAAUCAAAUCUGGUUGUCGGUUCCUGCCGAGCGGCGUGGUGAGAGCGAGAAGCAGCUCCCAGGCGAAGGAAACACUCGAAAACACAGAAACCUGCCUGAAAACACACCGAAAUCCUGCCACGAUGCCGUGUCGGAAGGAGAACUACAUCUUCCUGGAGCAGUCGGUCACCGUGGGCUCCAAAGAGGUGGACGCGCUGGUGACUAAAAUCGGCGAGGCGCUGCAGCUGCACAACAACAGCAGCCAGAAACAGAGCGUGUCCUGCGGGGGGAAACCGGUCGGCAGUACGGGGGCUCCGGCUCAGAAACACAGCUGCUGCAUGCGGCUCCGCAGGGGGAGCAGCAGGGUAAACCCGUACAACAUCCCCAGCCAGGACUGGGACCAAAUGAAACCGUGGAGCAGAAAGAGGAUUACGGUGGAGGAGGACGAUCCGCACCGGCUGCUGCAGGAGUUACUGUUAUCCGGGAACCUGAUUAAGGAGGCCGUGAAGAGACUGCAGGACUGUGGCGACAAUGUGCCGUCCUGAUGAAGAACCGCACAACCACACAGCUGUUUAGGUUGACAUGUCCCCGGACUGGUAGCUACGUUUUUCUAUUUCCCCCGUGCUGCCCUUUGCAGUGUCGGCUGGACGGCUGUGGGUUUGAAUUUCCCCGGGGCUGCACUGGACUCCAGAAACAAUUCGAAGACAUUUCAUUAGCAGGACGUUUAUUUCACCCUUCCAAAGGCUGAUGUCACCCUCCCUGAGAUGUUAGGUGGAGAUACACAUGUUGUGUUUUCUGUGACUCCUGAACUAUGAGAUGUUUUUCUAUGAGAUGAAUGGUUGAGUCAAAGCUGGUUCACUUCUUAUUUACCACUGCAUGAAUGUGUUCAUGUGUUCCGAAAGGGGGGGUUGGGAGGGUUUCUAGCCAUUCCCUGCUGUGGCAGACUGUUAUAAUGGGGGUUGGGUGGUUAGAAGUCCCAUUUUGUUUACAAUCUAAUGCUGGGUGUGAAAGGCUGCUGUGCAGAGAGGAAGUUCCCCCCCCCCUAUUUUAUUUCAAAUCAGGUUGUCCAGGGGGCUGCUCUGUUAGCAUUCAAUGCUUUGCUCAAAUCAGUGACUGACAACUUUUUGAAAAGCAAAUUUGACAGGACACCUCCCUGACCCUCUGCCAACAGCCUCUCCACAUUUCUGUUCUACAUCCACUUCCUGUCAACAUGGACACCAGCCAUGUGGGGGAGGGAUGGGGGCUUUGAGUGAUGUGAGACUUGUUUGUGAAAGGUCGGCCGUCACACCUGUGGUGCUUUCACCUUUUUGGAAUUCCUUCUGAGUUUGUUUUUUGUAUUUGUUUCUUCUCAAAGUAAAAGAAAGACGUCCACCACUGCUUCGUACCGAAGUAUCUGAUCAUGUUCCUGAGUUAUUCAGGGCCUUUUUGUUGUCUUAAUAAAACUCAUUUUGUUAUUCCAAA